AUGUCUCUGGGUUAUGCAGAAAAACUUUCUUACAUAGAAGAUGUGGGCAACGUUGGAAUGACAGAAUUCUUCGACUCAUCUCAUGUUUUGCAAGAAAAAAUUGAAAGACUCGCCAAAAUGAUACAAAAGAGUAAGCAUCUAGUCGUGUUUACAGGUGCAGGAAUAUCAACAUCUUGUGGCAUACCUGAUUUUCGAGGUCCCAAGGGAAUUUGGACGUUACAGCGCGAGGGAAAACCUUUACCUGAAGCAUCACUACCAUUCCAUCGAGCAAUGCCAAGCAUGACACACAUGGCUUUGGUUGAGCUGGAGAAGGCUGGCAUUUUAAAGUUCAUUAUUAGUCAGAAUGUUGAUGGUCUUCAUCUUCGGUCUGGAAUACCAAGGGAGAAACUUGCUGAAUUACAUGGGAACUCUUUCAUGGAAGCUUGCCCUUCAUGUGGUGUAGAGUAUUUGCGAGAUUUUGAGGUUGAAACCAUCGGGUUGAAGGAGACAUCAAGACGCUGCUCUGAUGUCAAAUGUGGAGCAAAGCUAAAGGAUACAGUUCUUGACUGGGAGGAUGCGUUGCCCACAAAGGAGAUGCUUCCAGCUGAGAAACACUGCAGGAUGGCUGAUGUUGUGUUAUGUUUGGGGACAAGUUUGCAAAUCACUCCUGCAUGCAAUCUGCCCUUGAAAUGUCUCCGAGGAGGGGGAAAGAUUAUAAUUGUCAAUCUUCAGAAAACUCCAAAGGACAAGAAGGCAAGUAUGGUGAUCCAUGGAUUUGUAGAUAAGGUUAUUGCAGGAGUCGUGAACUUGCUUAAUUUGAGAAUUGCUCCAUAUGUCAGGAUUGAUUUCCUUCAAGUCAUCAUAACUCAAUCAUUGAGUUUAGUGCAUGAGAUUGAAGAUUGCCUUGUUAUUGUUUUGAAAGACAUAAUAACAUGCCAAGAUCCUGAUUGUGAACCUUGCAUGCUUAUUGCUAGAGCGUGCCAUUUGAUAGAUGAAAGAUAUGUGAAUUGGAACCUCCGGGUAGCAAGUGUACAUGCACUGAAAGCACGGUUGCCAUUCAUCAAAUCCAUUGAGGUGUCCUUCGCAGAUGCUCAAAAAUACAAAGCAGCUGUGCUGCAUGACCAGCCAUUUAACCUAAAAAGGAGAACCACACCAACAGAAGCAUUUGAAAUCAUGUUGAAACUCAACUUCAUUGAUGGAUGUGGCUGUCCCUCCAUCCAAAUCAAUGUCCCUUUCAACUUGAAGGUUUCAACUGACUGUUUUAACCUUGAAAAGGAUUCUACCAUACAAAAUCUGAAACAGAAGGCAAUUCAGGAUUUAUGCUGUGGUCAGAAUGCACAGAUUGAAAGAAAGGUCAUUUUAGAGCCAAAAACUGAGGUUGCAAUCCAUGCCAUUGUAACCAACAUUAAAGCUUUCGAUUUUGAUUCUUGGAGAAAUGGUGAUGUGAAACAUCCAAGAGGGGUUAAUGGUAUUGAGACAUCUCGGAAGCGAUCAAAUGGUCGUAAGCGUAAAUCAAGAUUUUAG